GUGCACCAAGUUUGGCUAGUCUUUCAGUGGUUAUAUAACGGUCGCGAUGUAAGUCUUGACGGUAAUUCGACUUAGAGUUUUCGAGCGAGCACACGUUUUUCACUGCAACGCGUAAACCGAAAAUACGUGUGGUGUUCGUACACCGGAAGUGGUGAGCACGGGGGUUGGUCCGAAAGCGUUUGACCGUCGAAUAGUAGAUAGAUAGAUAGAUAGAUAGAUAGAUAGAUAGAGAGAGAGAGAGAGAGAAGAGAGAGAGAGAGAGAGAGAGAAAUACGGAAUCUCGUUUGCGACGAUUCGCAAUAAAACGCGUGUACGCAUAUCGUUUUUAUUUUUUUUAUAAGAAGAGUAGUUCUUUUUUUAAUUGUUUUCCUUGUUCCUCCAUCGUUUACGUAUAUAAUCUGCACACCCUCGUUCUGUAGUCUCAACGACGAUGAACAAGUACAAUAUCUUUUUGACGAUCUGGACGUUGGAGUUGUUCGUCUCGUCAAAUAUUUUCGUCCGUUCCGCCGAUGGACCACACACGGAAUACACGUACACAGAUUUAUGUUUUAGGGACGAUCCAAAAAUAGACGUUUGCAUCCGCAAAAGAAUUAACGAUGUAAUCGAGGAGUUCCAUAAAGGUAACGAUGAGUUUGGGUUACAUGAAUUCGAUCCAUUGCCCCUAGAUAAUCCUUUGCAUUUUGAGCACAAAGCCCGACUAAUUGGAGGAAAAAUAUCAGUUAAAAAUAUGAUGACCGAAGGUUUGACCACAAUCAAAGUGUUAUCGCUCAGGUCGAAACUUCAAAAUCCGAACAAAAUGGAAGUCGGAUUUACCGCGCACUUUCGAAACUUAUUGAGUACCGGUUUAUAUCAGUUCAAAGGAUACCUAGGACGGAUACCCAUCAACGCCAACGGACGAUACAACAUAACGUUCAAAAACGUCGAGACUAGUUAUCUGCUGAAAGCAAAACUAAAAGAAAUGGUAAACGGCUCGUUUGUGCAGCUCGAAAGUUUUCUUUCCUAUCCACCGAAGUUUGGAGAAGCCAAAGUGUUUGCGAGCGAUUUGGUUCCGGGUAACGCUGUGUUAA